UUUCUCUUUCUCUUCUUUCUGCUACACUCACACAGUAAAUUGCGCAGCAGCAGCAGGCACCUUACCCUUUGCGGCCAAAGGAAGAGAAAGAGAGAAGACUGAAAAAGAAAAGGGUACUCUCUGAUUCAAGGGGAAAUGGGGAGAGGGAGGGUGGAGCUGAAGAGGAUAGAGAACAAGAUAAACCGGCAAGUCACGUUUGCCAAGCGAAGGAAUGGGCUGCUGAAGAAAGCCUAUGAGCUCUCAGUUCUUUGCGACGCUGAGGUUGCCCUCAUCCUCUUCUCCAACCGCGGAAAGCUCUAUGAGUUCUGCAGCUCCUCCUAUAAUCAAGACCAUAGAGAAGUACCAAAGGUACACCUAUGGGCAGCUAGAAUCAAGCCAUCCUUCCAAUGACAGUGAGGAUCACUACCGGGAAUACUUGCAGCUAAAAGCAACGGUGGAGUCUCUUCAACGCUCACAGAGGCAUAUUCUUGGAGAAGAAUUGGUUAGCUUGGGAACCAAAGAGCUGGAGCAAUUGGAGAAUAACCUUGAUGAAUCUCUCAAGCUCAUUAGACUGAAAAAGAAUCAAUCCAUUGCAGAUCAACUCUCGGAGCUUAAAAUGAAGGAAGAAAUGCUCGAGGAAACAAACAGGGCCUUGCGGAUUAAGUUGCAGGAGACAGAUGCUGUGCUACCAUCUUCAGCAUGGGAAGCUGGGGAGCAGUCUGGUUUGCCGCCCCACCAACAGCAGGAAUCAACGGAGCCACAUUGCAGAAACAACCCUUUGCAGAUGAGCUGUGGUGGCCCUAUGGAGAUAGGUGACAGACCUUCAGCUGUGGCGUCCAGUUCAGGAAAUGUGAAUGGCCUCAUGAGUCGCCCAGGGUGGAUGAUUUAGCUUGCUUUUCUUGGGAAAUUAAGAUGAAGCUACUUGAAGAUAUAUGAUGCAUGUGUGGUAAAUAUAUAGGAGAUCAUAUUCACAAGGUAGCCUGCUUACUUAAUUAGCUGAUUGUAAUAAAAAUUCAGCCAGUAAAAAUUGAUAUGCGGCUGAUCCCCUUUACUGAACCAAUUAAUCUUGUUGUGUCUAUAUAAGUAAAGUAAUGUUCCUACAGAUUAUAAACGAACCUUUUUUAGCUUUAUGGCAAGGUUGUCAACCCGUGGGUUGAUCCAAGUUGGCCCGGAC